AUGAGCGGCUUUCAGUUCCCACCACCUCCGCCUCCACCAGCAAAACCUUUGCAGAAUAAUCCAUCCCACGCAGGCGGACGCGGGCGCGGGCGAGGCGAGCGAGGCAGAGGGCGUGGUGGGCACGACUUCCGAGGCCGUGGCAGUCGAGGUGCAAAUGCUUUCUUUCCUUCGCGCGGCGGGCAGCAUGGCCAUCACAACUACCAGUCGGGCUCGAAUCCCGAUGCGCAGCAGACUUCCAGCACCCCCGCUGUACAACCAUCUACUUACGGCUCUCUGCCCAGUCUACCACCUGGAUCUUUUGUGAAUCCCGCAUUUCAUCCCCCCAACACAUUCGACUAUGGCACCACAAGCAAUCACAUCCGUCAGAAUACUGUCAGCGCAAAUCACAUCUAUCACCAAUCUCCGCAGACGGAGGGAUCCAAACCAUUCGGAGCUUCAUCAUCGCCUUCACGGACCGUCGCUGGCCAUAAGCGUAAGCUAGACGCUUUUCGUGGCCUCUUACAGGACAACAAGAAACCUGGACCGUCCACUGCUCCUUCUGUGCCUGGUUUUGGCACACCAAUUCUUGUUCAGCCGCCGUCCACCGGAAACAAGCAAAGCGAGAAGCCUGGAAGGAAGCGUACUUUCAACGUCCUAGGACUCACCCCGCAGAAUCAUAAACCUCAAUACUCUUCAGAUAGCGAUGUUAAUGACGAAGAUGCGGACGAAGAAGCAAUGUUCGCCGAGUUAGGUACUAACCUGACGUUCGAACAUGACGGCAAGGUCAUGUCGCUGAACACUGUAGCUGACCUUGCUUCAUGGAAAGAGGAGAGGAGCAGAAACUUUCCCACCAAGGACCGCAUGGUCGCAAAGGUGGAAAAGAAGCGGCAAGUGGGACUAGAAAGACAAAGGCUCCUCAUGGAAGCUAGCCGGGCGCUACGAUCUAACGAGAUGCUGGGAUCCAGGGGUCACCAGCGCAGCAGCAGCAGUCUAAGCACUGCGGAUGCUGUAGACCGUGCUGAUGGCGAUGAUCAAAACACGAACGCCGGUGUUAGGCACACAGCACCGCCUGAAACGGAGUUAGAGAGGGCCAAACGGCUCUUGGCUGAGCAAACAGCAAGUCUUGAAGCGCUGCGCGAAAGGGUGUCAGCAAGCGAGGCACGACUGGCGAGGGCGUCACGUAGCUCACCGCCUUCUGGUCAGGGGGUUGACGGUUUGCAGCGCGACAACUCAGUAGCCCAUCGGGAAAAUUACGUCCAGAAUGACUGUGCAUCGUCGGGACGAGGUUCCAGAUCGGAUGCGAAUCCUAGACUGGAUAUGGGCACAGGUGUCGACGGUGAAACUUUGAAGCGCGAGAGUGGAGAAGAUUGUUCAGUCUCACUAGCCUCCUCCCCCGCCACAAGCUCGGAAUCAUCGUCAGAGGGAGACUCGGACGAUGAUGCUCCGCCAGAGGAGAUUACCUCUAAAGCGCCGGCGAAAAGACAAAAGACGAAGCAGAUGGUGUGCAAGUAUUUCGUUGCGAGUGGACAUUGCAGGGACGGGGACGCUUGCCGAUUCAAGCACGAGCCUCGAUCUGAGCCCACGGGCCCUCCCAAUGCUGUGGAAACCACACACCAUGAGCCAUCACAGCGCCGCCAACGCCAAUCUCAAUUCGACUUCACCAACACACCGAGUAGGAAGGGUAUACAUGAUCUCUUGGUGGAACAAGAGCAAAGCCAGCAGAAUCAGCUGGCCCUGCAGGUGAUCAAAUACCUUGGAGAUGUCAGGUUCUUCGUAGAGAAUACGAACGCCGACUAA